CUGUAAAGGGAUUAUUUCACCACAAGACUUCUUGACUCCAUAUCGAAAGGUUCUCUUCUUAAAGCUGAUAUUUUUGAGGGACGAAGUGGCGUGUUUCAUCAAAGAUUGAAGCUACAAAAAGAGUAACAAUCAGCUGCGGAGAUCAAUGGGUCUGGUCAAUGCACAUCCUCAGCUAUAUCCAGGAGACAUCAUUGAGUUUCCAAGGAACAAGUACUUUUCUCACUUCGGGGUGUAUUACGGAGAGAGAGAUGGAGUUCCUUAUGUCGCUCAUCUAACAUCGCGGGAUUCGGACUCCAAGCUCCUCCUCUUUGGAAGAGCCUUGAAGUCUACAGUGAAGUUAGACCCUGUUAACGUUGUGGGGAAAAAAUACAAAGUGAGGAACUACCUGGACGAAAAGCACCCACCGCGGGACUUUUACUUACUUGUCAAACCCGAGAUCGACGAGGCAAUUGGGAAACUGGUCACCUACGACAUCCUGUUCCACAACUCUGAGCACCAGGCCACCAUGUUUCGAUAUGGAGUCAAGAAGUCAGAGCAGAUUGAAAAGGUCUAUGCAAAAAUUGUCCCAACCUGGAAAUCACUCUUCGAGAAGAAAAAAAUGUGAGUUAAGGAUAACUUGUGUUUAUUUGUUUUAAUGUUAUUAUUAUUUUUAUUUAGACUUGGCGAGUCAUUAUUAUGUAUGGUUAGUAUAAAUAUCAAUGUACAGUUGCAAGAAAAAGUAUGUGAACCCUUUGGAAUUAUAGGGAUUCCUGCACAAAUUCGUCAUAAAAUGUGAUCAACAAUAGACAAACACAGUCUGCUUAAACUAAUACCACACAAAUAUGUUUUCAUGUUUUUAUUGAACACACCAAGUAAACAUUAACAGUGCAGGUGGAAAAAGUAUGUGAACCCUUGGAUUUAAUAACUGGUUGACCCUCCUUCGGCAGCAAUAACCUCAACCAAACGUUUUCUGUAGUUGCAGAUCAGACCUGCACAACGAUCAGGAGUAAUUCUUAACCAUUCCUCCUUACAGAACUGUUUCAGUUCAGCAAUAUUCUUGGGAUGUCUGGUGUGAAUCGCUUUCUUGCGGUCAUGCCACAGCAUCUCAACCGGGUUGAGGUCAGGACUCUCUCUGGACCACUCCAGAAGGCGUAUAUCCUUCUGUUGAAUCCAUUCUGUUGUUGAUUUAAUUCUACGCUUUGGGUCGUUGUCCUAUUACAUCACCCAUCUUCUGUUGAGCUUCAGUUGAUGGACAGAUGGCCUUAAGUUCUCCUGCAAAAGUCCUUGAUAAACCUGGGAAUUCAACAAUUCUUAAUCGUAGGUCUUCUGAGAGCUUCUGAGAGCUCUUUUGUGCAAAGCAUCGUUCAUGUUAGGCGAGGCUUCUUGAGAAAAGCAAACUCAAAAACGGUGUGUGUUUUUUAUAGGACAGGACAGCUUUAAGCAACACCUCCGAUCUCAUCUCAUUGAUUGGACACCAGGUUUUCCACCUGCACUGUGAAUGUUUACACAGUGUGUUCAAUGAAAACAUGAAGACAUAUAAUUAUUUGUGUGGUAUUAGUUUAUGCAGAUUGUGUUUGUCUAUUGUUGUGACUUACAGGAAGAUUAGAUCACAUUUUAUGACCAAUUUGUGCAAGAAUCCAUAUAAUUUCAAAGGGUUCACAUACUUUUUCUUGCAGCUGUAGUUAAUAUUAAUUUAAUAUACAGGAAAAUAGAAAAAACAAAAAUCAUUUUUGAUUUACUGGAACUAUUUGACACUUAGCAGCUGCAGAGAAAUCCUUUUACAGUUUCAGUUUCGUUUUAUCAUUGAAGUGUUUUUUCUCUUCAUUUCUUUUCAAUGCCUAUAUGCAGUUUCACUAAGCUUGCUGACUUUGUGGUACAUCAAUGCACAUUUAAUAACCAGUGUUAGUUUACUUUUGAUGUAAUAUAAACUCACGGUGUCUGUUUGAUGAUUUCAUUUUAGCCAAGGAACUUCAUUUGAAUAUCAAUAUAUCUGAUGUGCUUAUGUCUUAUACGGUCAGUUACUUAUUCCCACAUACAGAUACACAGACACAUAUUUAUAAUAGGGUAACUUUGUAUAGCAAUUAUAACAAAUUAAAUAAAAUGUACUAUGGAUAAUAUCUUGACCGAAACAUUGUAGCAGCCAUCUGCAGUUUUUUACUUCGUUUUCUCACUCAAUAUAUUUGCAACAAUUGUCAUAAAUAAACAUAAAGUAUGACAGUAAA